CACUGAGGAGGCGGGGUGCGGCGUGCACAAUCCGAUUGGUUCUGCAAACAGUGGAGAAGCGCCAGGCCUAGGAGAGACUACAAGUUCCAGAAUGCAACCUUCCCCUAGCAGAGGAAGAGAUGGAGGAUGCGGGAGCAAUGCCUCCUGGGAAUCGUAGUCUUCAACUGGUUUGUGAUGCAGGCGGAACUAGGGGGAGGGGAGAGGGAGUAAACUAUUACCACGUGACACCCGGGGUCAGGUGGUUGGUCCAGCCUCCGCACAGGAGCUGUGAUUGGCUGACUCUAAUACGAACGACGCCACUAGGGGCGGGCCGAAGAGGGGCGCAAGCGCACUGCGUUGCGAGUCUCGGGACCCCUUUCGGAGAGACUAUGGCGCUCAACAAGAAUCAUUCGGAGGGCGGCGGAGUGAUCGUGAACAACACGGAGAGCAUCUUAAUGUCCUAUGAUCAUGUGGAACUUACAUUCAAUGAUAUGAAGAACGUGCCAGAGGCCUUCAAAGGGACCAAGAAAGGCACUGUCUAUCUUACCCCUUACCGGGUCAUCUUUCUGUCCAAGGGGAGGGACGCCAUGCAGUCCUUCAUGAUGCCGUUUUAUCUGAUGAAAGACUGUGAGAUCAAGCAGCCUGUGUUUGGUGCAAACUACAUCAAGGGAAUGGUGAAGGCUGAAGCAGGAGGUGGCUGGGAAGGUGCGGCUUCCUACAAGUUGACCUUCACGGCAGGGGGCGCCAUUGAGUUUGGACAACGGAUGCUCCAGGUGGCAUCUCAAGCCUCCAGAGGUGAAGCCCCCAAUGGAGCCUAUGGGUACUCUUACAUGCCCAGCGGGGCCUAUGUCUUUCCCCCGCCAGUCGCCAAUGGAAUGUACCCCUGCCCUCCUGGCUACCCCUACCCACCGCCCCCACCUGAGUUCUAUCCAGGACCUCCCAUGAUGGAUGGGGCCAUGGGAUAUGUGCAGCCCCCACCACCGCCCUAUCCUGGGCCCAUGGAACCUCCAGUCAGUGGCCCUGAUGUCCCCUCCACUCCUGCAGCUGAAGCCAAGGCCGCAGAAGCAGCUGCCAGCGCCUAUUACAACCCAGGCAACCCACACAACGUCUACAUGCCCACGAACCAGCCUCCACCACCUCCCUACUACCCCCCGGAAGAUAAGAAGACGCAGUAGACCCACCCGCCUCCCUGCCUCUCACCCAGCGCCUUCCUUCCCCUCCCCUGGGACUGUGGCUGGGACUUGGGGAGGCGAGGGAGGGCCUUGUCUUCCUCCAGGUCUGAUUAUAAACAGUCACCAGAACUA